AUGCAAGACCCGACUGCCGACCAGUCGGGAAUGCAGCAGCCAUGGUGGGAGCCGCCUUUGGCUCAGGAAAUUAUGCAUUUGCCGACUGAUGCAGUGCAAAUUGACCUCACAGCGGACGAUGAUGACGACGAGCCGAUCUUGGUCGAAACGCGCAUGGGCAGCGUGCCUGUGACAACUACGCAGCCGCGGAGGAAUGCGUAUGUGCCGCGUGGAGCGUCAUUGCAGGACAAUUGGGUAUGUAUAGGUAUGAUAACCCCGUCAGUGCUGUGCAUUCACGGCCUUCCGCCAGAGUUGCAAUCCUCGUUCCCUGGGUCGUUCGACACGAGUGAUCCGGAAUGGGCGCAUUCCUCAUUUUUGGGCGAGCCGGGCUACGUUCCUGUGAUGAUCCAUAAGCGGAUCAGCGACCCCUUGCUCGAUCAUAUGCAGCGGAGCCCGGGUCUUUCCGUUGCGACCGUCAGCUCCUCGCACGGCACAGGCCCGCGGAUCCGCACGGAGUUCGGCGAGUUGGCGGACAAGUUCAGUCGUGUGCUUGAGCAUUUUAUGUCACGCAGCCAUAUGGUGCACUACUCGCGGUGCAAGAUGGCGACGCCUGCGAGGGCAGCUGCGUUUACGCACAUCAUCGAGACUUUGCUCUUUGUGCCUAUGGACUUGGCUGCGACCGUCGGCACUACCCUCGCGCAUGCAGGCAUCUUUUUGGAUCCUUUUCUGACGUACCGCGCAAGUGACUUCCCCGGCAUGCCCAAACUAAUGGACAUUGUACACGUCCAGCCGCCUUUGCGCAACAGAGUACGCGCAAGAGUGCCCGAUACAGCGCGGCGUCUAGAGGGACUUGGCGCGCCCGUGACAAAAGAGACGCUGGAACAAGAGUACAAAGCGCAGAUGAGCGCAAUAUACAACAGCAUCACCAACAGCGAAAGCUUGCAAGAGACGGAACCGGAUGCAUGCAUCACCACACCGCUUUUCCCCCACCAAAAACAAGCGCUCACGUUCCUCAUGGACCGCGAAAAAGAGCGAAACUUUGAAGAGCUGAUCGAUACGGACAAGGACGCGCACAUCUCCCUCUGGUCCGUCGAGCGGCACAUUGGGCAGCGUAUUCAGCGGUACAGAAACAUUGUCACUCGCACUAGCGUCACAAAGCGCCCUGAAAUAUGCCGCGGGGCACUUUUGGCGGACGAUAUGGGCCUCGGUAAAACGAUUUCGAUCAUCGCAUUGGUGGCGAAAACGUUUGGAGAGGCGCGUGCGUUCGGCGCAAGCCCACUGCCCCGCUUCAACUACGACUCGGACGACGAGCCUCAGCUGAUUGGCGACUCGAAAAAUAGGCGCACAGCAGAACAGGCCCGGUGCGAAGGCUUGCGGUGCCGCUCGCGCGCGACGCUCCUGGUCUGCCCCCUCUCUGUUAUUUCCAAUUGGGAGUCGCAGAUCCGUGAGCACUGGGCUCCAGACAAACAGCCUUCUGUGUAUGUAUACCAUGGCACAGGCCGCACGAGCGACCCAAGCUUGCUUGCAGACUACGACAUUGUGCUCACGACCUAUUCGACGUUAGGCACUGAGUUUGCUAACCAAUCGAGCUGGAUCGCUGCUGCGGGCAAAGGGGACCGGGAGCUGGAGCUGGAUUCUGCGAAUGCCAAGCGGCGCAGGCCCAACGAGGCGCCUAAUACGUGCCAACGGAUUGAAUGGUUCCGCAUCGUGCUGGACGAGGCGCACAUUAUCAAAGAGGCCCGCACCUGGCAGUCCAAGUCCGUGUGUAAUCUCUCGGCAUCGCGGCGAAUUUGCCUUACCGGCACGCCAAUCCAGAACAAGAUCGACGAUUUGUUUGCGCUGGUCCUCUUUAUGCGCCUCGACCCCUUCUCUCAGCGCCAUACAUGGAACCGCUUCUGCCGCGACCGAAAGCACCUGUUCCUGAAUCAGGCCAGAACAAAAGACGAUGAACUGUUGGAUCCUGAAUCGCUUGCACGCGUCCAAACCAUUAUGAAAUUCUUGACGCUCCGCCGCAUGAAGACCGACUCGCGGCCAGACGGGCAGCCGCUUUUGACGCUGCCUGCCAAAACCUCGCGCAUUGUUCGCCUUGCAUUCAGCGAUGCAGAGCUGGUGAAAUACAAACGGUUGCACGACCGCUUCAAGGAAGAGUUUCAAGAGCAUGUGGCCGAAGGCACCGUAGGCAUCAAUUAUGCCACCAUUCUGCACGAGAUUCUUGUUUUGCGCAUGAUGUGCGAUCACUCUGAUCUGGUAGACGCAGGACUUGCGUCGCAUGGCGGCCCGCUCGCCAAGAUCUCCAGCGCAAUCCGGGAGCAAGGAUUCACUCGCGAGCGCGCAGCCAUGCUGUACUCCGCGCUCAGCCAAGUUGCUAUGGCUCUGUGUGCUGUGUGCGGCGCCGAUCUGCAAAAUCCAAUGCCCCAUGUACAGCCAGAAGAGGGUAUGGACAGUGCAGCGGGGCCGCUCCCUAUUAUCACGAAAUGCGAGCACCUGAUCUGCUCCUCGUGCUGGCCACACGGAGAGCAGGGAGAGCAAGGCGCGUGCCCUUGCUGUGCCACGUCACUCGUAUUGCUCUCCGAUACGGCGCGCCUCCAGCCAGACGAGAUGAAAAUCACAUCGGAAGAAACUAGCCCGCAAGGCUCGCAACUGCUUGCCAUGCUUCAUACCAAGGAGCUUGCCGCAGAGGCUAAGGCGUUGUUUGAUCCCGACUCGCCUGCAACGUGGCCCGCGCAUUGGAGCUCAAAAAUGCGCGCCUUGAUCGCAGACUUGCUUCCAUUUUCCAAAUGCAACAAAAAAUCGGCGCUUUACGACGCAUACGCCCCGAUUUUCACGCACCAUGUCCAAGCGAGCGAUCAAGGUACACACGUCGUCCAGGUGCAAACUCAAUCGUCCACGCCCGAGGCGCCGAUCAAGUCGGUCGUAUUUAGCCAAUGGACGCGGAUGCUUAGCAAGAUUAGCGGCGCGCUGGACUAUGCAGGCAUCAAGCAUCGCCGAUUGGACGGCACAAUGAGCCGUGCACAGCGCGAAGAGGCACUCGAAUCGUUCAGAAACGACCCCGGUGUCGAGGUAUUCCUCGUAAGUCUUCGCGCCGGCGGUUUCGGCUUGAAUUUGGUGUCUGCAUGCCGUGCGUAUCUCAUGGAGCCCUAUUGGAAUCCCGCGGUGGAAAACCAGGGCUUGGAUCGCAUCUACCGUCUCGGGCAAACGCGCCCCGUUCUGAUGACGAAAUUUAUUGUGGAGCGCAGCAUUGAGGAACAGAUGCUCGUGCUGCAACGCCGCAAGAUGGAGCUUGCAAACCAAGUCGGUGCCCGCCGCUUGCCGCCGGAGCAAGCCAAGAAACAACGAAACGAAGAAAUUAAACUGCUCCUUUCAUAG